AUGGCCAGGUCCGACUUCCACCUAAAGUUGUGGUCAACAGUCUCCCCUCAUAAUGGCCAUCGACUCCGCCUGCCUGUCAAGCCUCGCCGUCCAAUUACGACCUUUACUAAGCGUCACAUCCCCCACACAGUGAGCUCUACUGACUAUGCUCACUCCUUGGCUGGCCAAUCCCUCAAGAGAGUUUCACUGGAUCGACUCAUGCGGUUUGGUCCACCACCGCUAUCUCCAUCGAAGAUCGUAGAGUCUGCAGAGUUGACCAGGUAUGAAUUGAGUCAGCGACUUCAGCGAAGGGUCAACGCCCAUCUCAGUUUGCCAUAUCUUCCGGCAUCAAAUCCUCAUAUCAAAGAGGUUAUGUCUAUCUAUCGUCACUCGCUCGAAGAAAUCAACUCCUUGCCACCAAUCAGGACUGUCGCAGAUAAUGCCGCAUUGCUCCAGGCACUCGUAACAAUGGUUGAUGAUGCGGCUGAUGUGAUCGGAAUGUUUGCUACCGGAUUCAAGGAAUCCAAGCGAUACCUGUCAGAAGAGCAAAUCACCUCCUUUUUAGACCGAGCAAUUCAAAGCCGCAUAUCGAUCAGGUUGAUUGCUGAGCAACAUUUAUCACUUUCGAAGGCUGAGCAUUCGCCUAAUGGUAGUAGAUUGGGGAUUGUUGACAGAAAAGUGAAACUCAAAAAAACACUGGAAAGUGUUUUGGAGUUCGCUGGGGAGCUCUGUGAAGGAACAUUUGGAAUCGCACCUGAAUGGACGAUAUUGGGUGAAGUGGAAGCUGAAGUGUGUUUCGUGGAAAUGCAUGUCAGUAUUUUACAAAAUUAA